UAUCCGUCACAGUCUGGCGCAACCCUCGGUGGCGGCGCUUGCUCCUCUCAGGCCCCCAUGCAGGCCCCGCCCCGACUCGGCCCGUGCAGACUCUCGCGAGCUUUGAAGCCGCAGGGCCGGCCCGGGCGGCUGCAAUAUGGCGGAGGCGGAAGGGGAGAGUCUGGAAUCCUGGCUGAAUAAAGCCACCAAUCCUUCCAACCGCCAGGAGGACUGGGAAUACAUAAUUGGCUUCUGUGAUCAGAUCAACAAAGAGCUUGAAGGGCCACAGAUCGCUGUUCGACUGUUGGCCCACAAGAUCCAGUCUCCGCAGGAAUGGGAGGCGGUCCAGGCCCUGACGGUGCUGGAGGCGUGUAUGAAGAACUGUGGGAGGAGAUUUCAUAAUGAAGUGGGGAAGUUCCGUUUUUUGAAUGAGUUAAUCAAAGUCGUCUCUCCAAAGUACCUGGGGGACAGGGUGUCUGAGAAAGUGAAGACCAAGGUUAUUGAGCUGCUUUAUAGCUGGACCACGGCCCUGCCGGAAGAAGCAAAGAUCAAAGAUGCCUACCACAUGUUGAAGAGACAGGGCAUAGUGCAGUCUGACCCACCAAUCCCUGUGGACAGGACGCUGAUCCCCUCUCCACCACCUCGUCCCAAAAACCCUGUUUUUGAUGAUGAGGAGAAAUCCAAGCUUUUAGCCAAGCUGCUGAAAAGCAAAAACCCUGAUGAUUUGCAAGAGGCGAACAAGCUGAUCAAGUCCAUGGUGAAGGAAGACGAGGCGCGCAUCCAAAAGGUGACCAAGCGUCUGCACACGUUAGAGGAGGUCAACAACAACGUGAAACUGCUCAGCGAGAUGCUGCUUCACUACAGCCGAGAGGACUCUUCAGAGGGAGACAAAGAGCUCAUGAAGGAGUUGUUCGAUAGGUGUGAGAACAAGAGGCGGACGUUAUUUAAACUAGCCAGUGAGACAGAGGACAAUGACAACAGUUUGGGGGACAUCCUGCAGGCCAGUGACAACCUCUCCCGGGUCAUCAACUCUUAUAAAACAAUUAUUGGAGGGCAGGUCAUCAAUGGCGAGGUGACCACCUCAACUGUGCCUGAUUCUGAAGGGAACAAUCACUUCAGUAACCAAGGCACUCUCAUCGACCUUGCUGAGUUGGACACACUGAAUAGUCCAUCCUCUGCAUCGGCUCUGGCGCCCACUCCACCCUCCUCAGGCAUCCCGAUCCUCCCACCUCCCCCCCAGACCUCGGGCCCUCCACGCAGCCGCUCGUCCAGCCAGGCCGAGGUCCCCCUGGGGCCCAACAGCACAAACAACGCCCUCUCCUUGCUGGACGAGGAGCUUCUCUGCUUGGGCCUCACUGACCCAGCCCCUAAUGUUCCUCCCAAAGAGCCAGCUGGAAAUAACCAAUGGCACCUGUUCCAGAGUGAACACUCCAACCUGGACUUCUUCAGCCCCAAGCCAGGGCCUGCUGCCUGCAGCGCCUCAGACGCUUCUCUGCUCCAGCCCUCAGCCCCCUCCUCAGGCAACUCCCAAGCUCCACUGCUGCCUCCCUUCCCAGCCCCUGUGGUCCCAGCCAGUGUUCCUGCCCCCACUAUGGGUUCCUUCCUGUUCUCCACUGGACCGGCCCCAGCUUUGACCCCAAAGGCUGAGCCUGCGGUCCCUGAUCACCAUAGCUCGGCACUAGGCGAUAGCACCCUGCACCACCUGGAUGCCCUCGAUCAGCUUCUGGAAGAGGCCAAAGUGACAUCAGGCUUGGUGAAACCUGCCUCCCACUUUUCCUCUGGAGCCACGGCCGCCCCUCUGAUCCCCACCACCCCAGCCAGGCCUCUCUUGCCCUUCUCCACCGGGCCUGGCAGCCCUCUCUUCCAGCCACUGGCCUUCCAGCCUCAGGGCAGCCCCAUGAAGGGGCCCCAGCUCUCCCUGGCCAGUGUCCAUGUGCCCUUGGAAUCGAUCAAGCCUAGCAGUGCCCUUCCUGUGACAGCCUAUGAUAAAAAUGGCUUCCGCAUCCUCUUCCACUUUGCCAAGGAGUGUCCUCCAGGACGGCCUGAUGUGCUGGUGGUGGUGGUAUCGAUGCUGAAUACAGCGCCCUUGCCAGUAAAAAGCAUUGUGCUGCAGGCUGCAGUGCCCAAGUCCAUGAAAGUGAAAUUGCAGCCACCCUCUGGAACAGAACUCUCUCCAUUCAGCCCCAUCCAGCCACCUGCAGCCAUCACCCAGGUCAUGUUGCUGGCCAAUCCACUGAAGGAGAAAGUGCGGCUUCGGUAUAGGCUGACCUUUGCCCUGGGGGAGCAGCUGAGCACGGAGGUGGGCGAGGUGGACCAGUUCCCUCCUGUGGAGCAGUGGGGGAACCUAUGACCCCAGAGGACGCUGUGAUCUCCACUUUGAAGCCCAGGCAGGCUGCCCUAAGAUGGGGAGUGCUCUGGUCCAGUCACUCUCCAUGUCCUGACGACAGUGCUUAUAGCUUUGACAUGGAACAGGGGUCCUGCGCAUUUCUGCUGGGAGCCAAGCUGCUGCUGUGAUAACCACUCUUUUGGCCCCCUAAGAGGAUCUGUUUUUAUCUACCUGUGUGACUUGAAGUGGCCAUAUGCUGUCAGGGGUGGGGAGUGGUCCCUGACUUCACUACUGUCCUGGGAACAUGGACCCCAGGCUUGGAGUAGAUUUUUUCCUCUUUUUACUGGCAUUCACUGAAGCCCUGGGUGGGGCGGUCUCUGAGGAGAGAGUAUCGUCUCCCCAACCCCCCAACAAGAACCACACCCUCAUACCCCACAGAGGUGCAGCCUGAGAGAGGCCCCCUGCCCCACCCACCCCUGUUGUGAUUCUGUGCUUCCCCUGCUGGCAGGCUCCUGCUGCCCCUUCCAGGGAAGUGGCCCAAGCCCAGUGGUCCAAGAUGGUGUUUGGCCCAGGGUGAGAAAUGGUACACUGGAGCCCUACCUUCCGCGGUCAGUAGCAUCCUGGAACGGCCACUGAGUGAUGAGUUGCGUGCUUAUCUCUGGCAGUGCCAUGCUAUGUCCUAUGGACAUCUCAGCAGGACAUGGAACUCAGCCUAGCAGAAACAGAACUUGGCCUUCUGAUAAACUAGGAAUAGGAAAGAAAAUGAAGAGAACCAAUAUUUUCCCUUCUCCAAAAGCAGGUGAGCUUUCUGGGAAAAGUGUGCAUCCAACUGUGGGGCAGGCCAUCCUACUCACUACCUCUUGCUUGGCAUGAAGUAAACUGCUGUCCUCCCCUUAGAGUCUCUGAAGGGAAGGACAACUGCUACCCUCUGUGUUCUCCUGCUUUGGCCUCCUCCUCCCACCAGAUGGCAUGUGGUGUGGUUGGACACCAGAGGCCUCAGGGUCAAGCACGUUGCACUAGACAUGUCCUAACGUGUUGCCCAGAAACCCUGUUCCCAGCUCCCCAGGGGCACCGUCAGCGAGAUGCUGGGUCUGGAGGUGAUGAGAUCAGAGCCAUGCUUGAGCCAAGUCACCAGAGCCUGUGCUUUAACAGUGCUUGGCCCCAGCUAGCUUGUCCCAGCUGCUCUGACAGGUGGAUGCAAUCCUGGGCCAGGGAUACGAGGCCUGACAAGGCUACGGGAAAGAGAACCACCAGCUGCCACAGAAGCUGGGGAAGAGCUCACAGCUCAGCUGGUAUGGGCUCAGCGAUGGACAUCUCUGGGAAAAGGGAGGUGGCACAAACCACAUUCCCUGAUCCCCUCACCCCUCGCAGGACUCCCUUACUCUGGAUCAAGAGGUCAUGUCCUUUCCCCUCGCUGUCUUUAGCAAGCAGGUUUCACUGCUUCAUUAGGACAGGCCAAAAGUAAAUCAUUUUCACUACUUAAGAAUGAAUCCAAGAGCUUUCCAGAGACUGGCUUCUGCAGCCCUGGGAAUGUCUGUGGGAUUACUAUGUGGAAAUGUACCUUUAUAAUAAGCUUUAGACAUUAAAAUUAUUUAAUGAGUGUUACUCGUUACUAUUGAGGUCACUGCUUUGUGGCAAACAGCUGUACUGGAUAUACCAACUCUGCUGCCCUUGUUUUGCUGCAUGUUAAAUAAAACCAUUUUCAC